AGUUGUUAUUUUCAUUCGGCAUUUAUAGGAAGCAAGUUUUGAAAGAGUCCUCAAAUAGACUUCUUUAAAAAAUUAAUCAAAUCUAAAUCGUAUUUAAUCUUCUUCUUCUUAUCAAAAUGCCUCCAAAAAAAGGUAAAAAUAAAAAAGGCAAAAAAGACAAAGUUGAAAAGGACAAACUCACUCAAGUAGAUAGAACAUUCUACGAACUAACAAUAACCGAUUUGAAUAAUAAGCUAUCCCGUUUGCGGACACAUUUAGCUAAAACCGAUGAAAUCAAUGAAGAUUUAACUGAAAAACUUCGCCAGCUAAACGAAGACCGAACUGAUGUUACAGCUCAUUUAGAUCGAACGUUAGUGGAAAAAGUCGAAACAAUUCAUGAACUUGAUGAACGUUUGACAGAAUUAUCUAAAGUUCGUGAUUCAGAGAAUUUGGCAUUUACUGAAAAAAUCAAAGAAUGGGAAACUAAAUAUAAAUCCAUGCAUGAACAAUUGACAUCCGAGAUAAAGCUGUUGAAUGGAAAGCUAAAUUCUUUGGAAGAAUUUCGUGUUCAACGUGAUCUUCUUUUGGCGAAAUUUGAUGAACAGGAACAAGAUUUAAAAGAACAUCAAAGAAUGCACAAAGAAGCUGUCUAUGGAAUGGAGCAGAAGGCUAUCAUUGAAAAAGAUGCUCUCAAGAAAGAGGUUGAACACAAACUUUUGCAACUUUCUGAAGACUUUACAAGAUCAAGUGAAAUACGUAACGCUGGAUAUACACGACGUCUGAUUCGAGAAAACAUCUCUUUGACCAAGGAAAUUGAUAGUUUGAUAACUUCCCAACUACGAAUGAUGCAAGAACACAACGAGGCUAAAGCUAAAACCAAACGUUUGGACGAAGAAUUCAAAGCCAACGAAGAAAUGAAGCAACGUCUUAUUCUAACUUGUCAGAAUAAAAUCGAAAUCAUCGAAAAACUUACAACUUCCUAUGAAAAUUUAAAAGUUAAAUACAUUAAUUUGCAGAAAUAUCGUAAAUUGUAUGAAACUUCUGUGAAACGUGAUAUCUGCGAUAGAUUCACCUACAAUGAUUUGGCAAAUAAGUUGAGAAUUUUGAAGCAACGCGUUGAUACUUUGAAGAAUGAAAAAGUCAAACUAAUCGGAAUGCAUCAACAACAUGAAAAUGAAAUUAUUAAUUUGCGGGAAAUUAUUAAAAGCAUUCGAAAUACCGUCCAAGUGGCUAUAGAUGAAAAACAACCUGUUGAGGGAAUCUCACGUAAAAAUCUUCUAUGUGAGUUAUUAGCUAUUCUUGCAUCGUAUUCUGAAGCUCCAGUUGAUGUUAGAUCUGUGGCAACUAUGUCCUCGGAAAUAUCAACUUAUCGACCUGGGAAAAUGGGUUUUCUUCAGCGUUCUGCAUCGAAUUUGUUGGACAUUUUCAAACGAGAAGCACGAAAAAUCGCCUCAGCUGAACGUAUUUCACCAGAAUUCAAACAGAAACAGCUUGAUGGAAAGAUACUACCUCGAGCUCGUAGUGUUGAUGGGGAUACAUUGUUAGAUGUUGAAUAUGGAUCAACUUAUUAUAUGUCAUCAACGGCUGAUGAACUUGGGAUACCAGUCGAAGAAGAAAAGGCAGAGGAUGAUGAAGGUGCUGAUUAUGGUUCUUCGUCUACUGGUGAAACUACUUCUUCGGUGCAGCAACGUUCACAGCUAAGUAUUGAUGGUUCAGUAAAAGAUCCGUCAUUAAAGUCUUCGGAAUAUAUUGAUGGAGCAUCAUUGUCAGCAGAAGCUAUUGCCGAGGAAGAAGAUUUCGAAGGAGAAGAUGAGGAUUCUAUUAAUUUGUUUUAUUAAUUUUUGUCAGCUAAUCAAACAUAUUUUGUCCAUCUACCUUUUUUGAAGCAUUUAUUAAAUAAACCUUUUUAAAAACUAA